UCCUUCAAGACUGCAGCUGGGCAGGACUCCAAAGGUGCAGCAGCAGCAACAAGCUGGAGUUCAAAGUUAGCAGUAAAUUGCACAACUUCCAGCUCAUCGCUACGCUCGGUGACUAUUAACAAGCUGGAAGGCGCUCAGGGAAAAAUAUAGGGGAGAAGGGAACACCCUCGAAUUGUUUGGGGAUCGCUGAUGUUAUGCUUCUGCCGCUGGGAUCAUGGCUCCCUUUGGAAGGAAUUUAUUAAAAACUCGGCAUAAAAACAGAUCUCCCAGCAAAGACAUGGCUUCAAAUGAACGAGAGAUUGUGGUGUGGGUUUGCCAGGAAGAGAAGAUUGUAUGCGGCCUGACAAAGCGUACAACAUGCGCAGAAGUGAUUCAAGCUCUGCUUGAGGAACAUCAAGCAACAUUUGGGGAGAAAAAAGUCCUCUUUGGAAAACCUAGUGAUUACUGUAUUGUAGAAAAAUGGAGAGGGUCUGAGCGAGUCCUUCCUCCUUUGACAAAGAUUCUGAGACUUUGGAAAGCUUGGGGAGAAGAGCAGCCCAAUUUGCACUUUGUGUUGGUAAAGUCUGAUGCUUUCCUUUCAUUUCCAUUGUGGAAAACAGCUGAAGCUAAGGUAGUACAAAAUAUAGAAAAGCAGUGGGAGCUCAGUCCAGCAAAUUACAUGAAGAUGUUGCCAAUUGACAAGCAAAAGAAAAUUGUUAGGAAGACCUUCCGGAAACUUGCCAAACUUAAACAGGACAGUGUUCAACAAGACAGAGAUAACAUGGAGACACUGAUUCAUUUAAUCAUAUCUCAAGAUCACACUAUUCAUCAGCAAGUCCUUAGAAUGAAGGAACUAGAUAUGGAAAUCGAAAAAUGUGAAGCAAAAUUCCACUUAGACCGCGUUGCCAAUGAUGGAGAAAAUUAUGUGCAGGACUCCUAUUUAAUGAUCAAUCCAAGUGAGGCUGAGCAGCAAGGGAGUAGGUCAGAUGAUCAAAAAGAGAUGAAUGAAUAUUUCAGCAAAAGUGAGGGAAUUUUGCAGGUUGAAGAGAGACUAAAACAUCACAAACAAUUAAUAGAGAAGCUGUGUGCUGAAAUAGAAAAAGAGGUACAUGGUAUAUGCUCAGAAAAAAACAGCGAUGUUGUUCAUACAGAGGGAGCUACUAAUGCUCAAGUGGAAAAUUCAGAUUUGGACAAUGUAAAGUAUGAGCUGGAAAAAAGUAUGAAAGAUGGUCUGAGAAUCAAUUCAUACCUGAGCUGCAUUCAGAAAGAACUUACCUACAGAGACUCACUGCUUCAAAAGAAGGAAAAAGAAUAUGAACUUCUUACAGAAGAAUUUAAUUUACUACACGUUAAAGACAACAUUGAAGUAAGGCUUCCAUCAAAUGAGGAGCUGCCUAAGGGCAGUGGCAUCUCCAGUAACAGCAUUGCAGUUCCUGAUUUUGUUCAUAGAGUGACCAACUUGGACAUAAAUGAUACUGACUCUGACACUGGAAUCAGCUCUACACACAGUCAGGACUCUGAAAUAACUUCUGGGGAUGUGGUAUUGUUAUCAACAUAGUUGAAAACAGUCAUGCAUUUAUGAGAAGUCAUUUUUGGAGGACACUGAUAAGAAUAGAUGAGCCUUGUUUUCUUGGAAGUUCAUCCCUUUAAUAUGUAAAAAAUGUAGCGCAUCUCGAGAAAAGUAAAGUGUCUAUGUGCUUAAAAGUGCACUUGUUUUUUAAAGCUCAGGCGUUCUCAUGCAUUCAUACUAAUACAUGAAAGGAAGGCUGUAGGCUUUGCUAAAUCCAGACUGAAAGUUAAGUCGUCGUAAUAUUGAUACUCAGUGAACAGGGGUUUUCUUACUUGUUUGGACUAAAAGCCUGUAGAUUUAACAUCGAUUAAUCUUUGAGUCCACCUCUACAUCUCUCUUAACUUUUUUGGAAAGUGAAUUAGAGAUUAGAUGGAGAUCUUGUUUUUCUGCUCUGUUACAAUGGCUUUAUUCAACUGGAGUUUUCUUGGCAUGAAGCUGCUGUAAAGGAAUAUAUAAUCAAGCAUAUAGACUCUUAAAAAUUAAUAUUUAUGAUACUAUAAAAGAAACAAAAAAGCAAUUUGUUUGUGUGACAUAUAAUUCAGUUUUGAGUUAAUAGGAUGAUAAUUUCAGAAACACUCAUGUCCUACUUUUAAAGUGACCAUACUCACUUAGAUUGUUAAUUUCCAUUUUCUUUCAGCAGUGUCCAACUGCUGGCAAAAAUCUUGAAACUCCCACUCUUCUGCUCUUACUCUGCAGUUGCCGUGGUGAUGCCAUGCGGAUACAAUUUCUGCCAGUGGGCAUGUCAGAACUGCCCGCCUCUUGCUUCUGUGAGUUGAUAAAUCCCAAAUUCACACCUAGCCCCAGGGACAUUUUCAGGAAGGUUUUCUCCUGCUUAUCUCAACAAUAGGAUGUAGUGACUAUCUAGUGAGUUGGGCCUCCUGAAAUCAUGGCUAUGAAAUCAAACAUAACGCAAGAGACAAGCAGGGUCCAGACAUUUUUACUUUAUGUUCCCAACGGUCUGGUAGUUAAGCUUCUCAGAUAGCAGACAGAUUGUCAGAUUCUCUCUGAUACUGUUUGGAGCAGGGAUACAGACAUGUAUUUGCUAAUUCCUUGAUUUAAGGACUUGAGGAUGCAGCUAAAGUGGGUCUACUUUAGAUAUCUAAUUAAAUAUUGGGUCACAAAGGGAACAGAAAAGAACAGGAAACAGGAGAUUUUUAUAACUAUGUGUUUAAGUUAAAUGAUUUCACUUAGGAUGUAGUUAUUAAGCUGAAAUCCUUCUCCAAUGAAUGCUGCAAAUUCAAAAUUGGGUGUAUAAGUCUUAGUUACUGAACAAGGUUUCUAACUGAGCUAGAGACUGCUGACUGAGGGAACACUGAAUAAUUUCUGGUUUGCACACUGAGAGUUGCUGUGUUUAUAUUUUGCAGAUCAAUUUGAUAAUGCUUUUGAAAAUGGAAUGUAAAUCUGAUUAAAUGAAUUGAAUGGAGAAGUAGUUACUAGAUGAAGUUUAACAGAGUUCAAACACAGACUGCCAAAAAAAAAAAAAAAAAAAAAAAGAAAGUGAAAGGGCAAAACCUAGAUAGUAUAAAGGUAAGAUACUUCCAGAUGCACUGCUUUCUUUUCCUGUAUUUUUCUUCGUAAAUGUUUGUCAGCCAACUGUGUUCUGGAGUGACAGAAAUAUCAGGACUGCUGAUUAGCAUGUAUUUCAUUCAGGAAGAGAGAGAGAUAAAGCAAAAAAAAAAAAAACAAAAAAAAAAAACAAAAAAAAAACAACCUUUCCUAAAAAACUAAACUUUUUAUCCUUUAUCCUUUUCUUUUUUCUUUUUUUUUUUUAAUUUUUUUUAUUUUUUUUUUAUUUUUUAAAGAUUUUUGAGUCUUAGAUAUUAUAGAAUUUCUAUUCUAAGAAUAUAUGGUAGUUACCUUAAUAUAUUUUGUCUUGUUUUUAUUAUACAGUUUUAUUUGAAUAAUUCAAUAAUAAUAUGUCAUAUUUAGGCUCAUCAGAUCUUGAUGGAAACUCAAAUAUGCAUCAGAUAUCUUUGUAAUAACUUAUUAACGCAACUCAGAAUCUUUUGAACUCUCUGAUAUCACUCUGAUAAGUAGAAAACACAGGGUUUUUACUGCUGAGAGUAGGUUAAUGUAUUCUCUGAGUUCUUGUGAAUGUAACUAUUAGUUAUUUCUACUGAGUUUUUUAUAAAUACUUAGGGGGUAAAAGUUCAAGCAAAAAAAUAUACAUAACUAUGCAGGCCAGUACAAUACCUUUGUGGGAAUUAAUUUCCACUCACACUCUACAAGAUUAAUUUUACUUAUAGGAAUUUGUACUGAUUUUCAUGUCAUCUUCAUUCACAGUGUGUGCCUGAUUGUAUAUCCCCUGCAACUUGUAGAUCUUGAGUAUUACUAUGUUCUAAGAAGAAACUAGGAAAAAAAAUAGGUUGAGAGAGUAUUUCUUAAUAAAAUAAAUUAACACAA